AUGGAAGGCCUCCGCAUUUCCUGGCAAUCUCCUUCCCAAUCUCUUCCAAUUCUGGAGGGCACCCUUGUUCCUGAAACACGCACCCACGCAACAAAUUCCAACUUUCUUCCACCUUCAGAAACCUCAUCUGAACGUAGUCUUGGCCGUCCAGUGCUUAAAUUGUCACAGGUUUUUCCUGGAUGGAUUUUAAGUGAAGUGUACCAGGAGUUGGAUUUUGACUUUGAAGAGCCUCCCACCAUAGUCGAGAUUUCUCCUUGUGCUGUGGCUGUGAAGAAAGAGUUGUUUGGUCCUCUUCUUUACAUAAUGAAGUUUCAGGACUACUCCAUUUCCUACUUGUACUGUAUGAAGGUCGAAAACAUGGAGCAUAGCUGUUGCAAAUAUUUCAUAAAGUUAUGA